CUCUGUUUCCUGACCAAAUGCUUUAUAUGCCAAAAUACACUUCCUGAUUUAAUCAGGGCAGAGAAGUCACAGGACGAACACGAAUCUCACAGUUACUCCAGAGGGGAUAGAGAAAAAGAGAGAUGGCAGAGAGUUUAAAUCAGAGCGGGGGUGAGACCUCUGACUAUAAGUUAGUCCCUCUUAGGGGCUUCAACUUGAUAUCUGGAAUCCACAAUCCUGAAGCGGUGGAUAAAAUUCAGAACUUUGAGAUUCGAGACUCGGAUGUCUUUGUCAUUACGUACCCCAAAUCAGGCACUAUUUGGUUGCAGCAAAUCCUCAGUCUAAUAGAGGUCAAGGGAGAUGUUACAGCGACACGUGAUCAGCUGAAUUCUGAUCGAAUCCCAUGGAUUGAACUUGUAGAAUCUGAGAAACAGUUUGAUUCUGCCCCUUCCCCUAGGAUCCGUGUGUCACAUCUGGCAUACAAAUUCAUGCCACUUCAACUGAAACAAAAGAAGGGCAAGGUCAUCUAUGUGGCCAGGAAUCCAAAGGAUGCUUUGGUGUCCUACUACCAUUUUCACAAAUAUGCAAAUAUGCUGGAGACUCCAAAAGACUUUGAUUCAUUUUUUGAGAAAUUCAUGGAAGGAAAUGUUUAUGGUAAUUGCUGGUUUGAGCAUGUCAAGGGCUGGUACUCCCACAAAGACGAGAUGAACUUCUUGUACAUUACAUAUGAAGACAUGAUCAAGGACUUGCGGUCAGUGGUUGAAAAGAUCAUUUCAUUCUUGGAGAGGGACUUGACAACACAGCAGUUAAAUGAUGUUGUUGAGCACAGUACCUUCAAAAAUAUGAAGACCAAUCCUCAGGCCAAUUACCAGCAGGUCCCUGUCAUCCUGCUGAACCACCAGCUGGGAGCAUUUCUGAGGAAAGGAACUGUCGGUGACUGGAAGAACUACUUCACUGUGGCACAGAAUGAGAGAUUUGACAAAGUGUACCAACAAAAGAUGAAAGAUGUUCCUCUUUCUUUCAAAUGGGACAUGAGUGAACUCAUCACACCGUGAAUUACUCAGUCACAUGUGUACUCAAAGAAAAAAAGAAAGAAAGAAACUUCAAAAGUUUGGGGUCAGUACAUUCAAGUAAAUCGAGUAUUAGAAUGAUUAUGAUUAUGUGACAUUUAAGGCUAGUGUAAUGGCUGAGGAAUAGAUUAAAAUCUAUUAAAAUAGAAAACAGUUAUUUUAAUUGUCUUAAUAUUUUAUUUACAACAUUACUGUUUUUACUGUAUUGUUGAAGCAACCUCUUUAGGGCCUAAAAAAUCGUACCAAACCCCAAACCUUUGAACAGUAAUAUAUACAAAGUACAACGUUAAGUAAAUAUCUUACUUGCUUCAUAAACUCUAUAAAUUUAAAGUUUAAGGCAGCUUAAGACACAGAUAUGUGACAUGACUCACUACUGUCCUCUUCUGGAAUACUGUGAAUACCUCUCAAACUUUCUAACUUUGAAAUUACCAUUUAAAAAAAGAAGAGUAUUUGUAUAAUACUACAUUCUAAAUCUGUUCCCUAAGCAAUACAUUUAAAAUACAUCUAUUUUAUACUAAGCAUAUACUGACAUAUUGCUUGAGACUUACCAAUAUGAAAAUAAUAAUAAAACUUUAUUUGGAGUACUACUU